AUGAAGACUGUUAUCGCGGCUCAAGCGCGUCUUGCGCUACACAAUGCUGCGAAGAGGAAGUGCAGAGCUCCAAGCUGGCGUGGUGUACGCUGGUCGUCAUCAGAGUCCAAACAAUGGUCAACACCCCUGGCAAAACAGCUUUCGGAAGCUAUUACUGCUACUGGACCAGUUCCGCUAGCAUCAUUCAUGCGGAUGUGUCUGACCUCAGACGUUGGAGGCUACUACACCAGUUCCCUGGAAGGCCGUGACCAGUUUGGUACGAAAGGAGAUUUCAUAACCUCGCCUGAGAUUUCACAGAUAUUCGGUGAAUUGAUAGGUGUAUGGUUUGUUGCACAAUGGAUGGCCCAGGGAAAGAAGAAGGAAGGAAUAGAGUUCAUUGAAAUUGGCCCGGGGAGAGGAACUUUGAUGGACGAUAUAUUGCGGACAAUACGAAAUUUUGAGCCCAUGGGAUUGAAAGUUGACAACGUUUAUAUGGUUGAAGCGAGUGCUUCGUUACGGGAUGCACAGAAGAAACUUCUUUGUGGUGAUGCAGAAAUGAAGGAGAUUGAUAUUGGGCACGAGAGCACUAGCAAGUAUUCUGCAAUUCCAGUCGUUUGGACAGAUAAUAUACGUUUUAUACCCUCAGGACAAUACAAAAGUCCGUUCAUUGUAGCUCACGAAUUCUUUGAUGCCCUGCCCAUCCACGCUUUCCAGUCCAUUCCACCACCACCCCAAGAACCAGUACCAGACGCUAUCCAGACUCCUACUGGAACUCACACGCUUGCGCCUAAUGCACCCAAAUCAAAGUCAAAACAGCCAACGGGUCCUCAAUGGAGAGAAUUGGUAGUUUCUCCAACGCCACCACCAGCAUCACCCACAGAUAAAAAAGAAGAGUUCCAACUUACACUCUCGAAACAAGCAACACCACAUAGCAUGUAUCUCCCAGUCCUCUCCUCACGUUAUAAAUCCCUCCUCCAAACCCCUGGAAAUAUCAUCGAGAUCUCGCCCGAAUCUCAGGCCUAUGCAUCAGCUAUUGCUACUCGUAUCGGUGGCUCAUCUCAAGACCCCAAAGCAACUCCAUCAGGGGCUGCACUCAUAUUAGAUUACGGAACUGCAGACACUGUUCCUAUAAACUCAUUACGCGGUAUCAAAGAGCACAAACGUGUUUCUCCCUUCGAAGCUCCAGGGCUAGUUGAUCUCUCUGCUGAUGUGGACUUCAUCGCUCUUGCUGAAGCUGCGCUAAAGGCCAGUCCUGGGAUUGAAGUCCAUGGUCCUGUGGAACAAGGUGCAUUUCUGGAAGUUAUGGGUAUCAAGGAGAGGGCGGAGAUGCUAGUCAAGAGUAUUGAGAAAAGUGCUGCGCAACAAGGAAGUGAGAAGCUGGAAGAGAUGAAAAAGGGAAUUGAUGGAGCCUGGAGAAGGCUGGUUGAUCGGAGUCCAGUUGGCAUGGGUAAAGUAUAUAAGGUUAUGGCUAUUACGCCAGAGAAUAGAGGGAAGAAGAUUGUUGGUUUUGGAGGAGAUGUAUAG